GGGGGGGAGGCGGGAACAUUGUUUUAAGUUGGACAAAUUGACAAGAGCCAGACAUACACUGCGUUCCAUCUUGACCCGAGGCCACCGUGCUGGGCUCCGUUUUCCCCUCCUCGGCCCCUCGGCUCGUUUUCUGCAGGGUUCCCAGGUCCCCGCUCCAGGGCCGGGCUGACCCGACUCACUAGCGCUUCAUGGAGAACUUCCAAAAGGUAGAAAAGAUCGGAGAGGGCACGUACGGAGUUGUGUACAAAGCCAAAAAUAAGUUGACGGGAGAAGUGGUGGCGCUUAAGAAAAUCCGCCUGGACACUGAGACUGAGGGUGUCCCCAGCACUGCCAUUCGAGAGAUCUCUCUGCUUAAGGAGCUUAAUCACCCCAAUAUUGUCAAGCUGCUGGAUGUCAUCCACACGGAAAAUAAACUCUACCUCGUUUUCGAAUUUCUGCACCAAGAUCUCAAGAAGUUUAUGGACGCCUCUGCUCUCACUGGCGUUCCUCUUCCCCUCAUUAAGAACUAUCUGUUUCAGCUGCUCCAGGGCCUCGCUUUUUGCCAUUCUCAUCGCGUCCUGCACCGAGACCUUAAACCUCAGAAUCUGCUUAUCAACGCAGAUGGGGCCAUCAAGCUAGCCGACUUUGGGCUAGCCAGAGCCUUCGGGGUCCCCGUGCGUACUUACACCCAUGAGGUGGUGACCCUGUGGUACCGAGCCCCCGAAAUCCUUCUGGGCUGCAAAUACUACUCCACAGCCGUGGACAUCUGGAGCCUGGGCUGUAUCUUUGCUGAGAUGUACCUAGUGUGUACCCAGCACCAUGCUAAGUGCUGUGGGGAACACAGAAGAAAUGGAAGACACAGUCUCUGCCCGCUGUGCUCCUAUCUAGAAGUGGCUGCAUCACAAGGAGGGGGGAUGACCGCAGUGUCUACCCCACACCCCGUGACCCGCCGUGCCCUAUUCCCUGGAGAUUCUGAGAUUGACCAACUCUUCCGGAUCUUUCGGACUCUAGGGACUCCAGAUGAGGUAGUUUGGCCAGGAGUUACUUCUAUGCCUGAUUAUAAGCCAAGCUUCCCCAAGUGGGCCCGGCAAGAUUUUAGCAAAGUUGUGCCUCCUCUGGAUGAAGAUGGACGGAGCUUGUUAUCGCAAAUGCUGCACUACGACCCCAAUAAGCGAAUUUCGGCAAAAGCAGCUCUGGCUCACCCAUUCUUCCAGGAUGUGACCAAGACAGUACCCCACCUUCGACUCUGAUGUCCUUGUCCAAGCCUUCACCCUCAGCCUCACCCUCUCCUCCACUGUGGGUUUGACCUGGCUCGGCUCUGGGUGAUUUGGACUCAAGCAGGCUCUCUGAUCAUUUCUGGCUGCCUUAACACUUGCCUUCCCUUUUUGUCCAGCCAGUUCUGGGGAUCCAGGGGUAGAGAGGAGGAACAGGUGAAAAUGAGAGGAAACUUCAGUAUUACAUGCACUUAACUCAGCUUCACUACCCUCUCCCCCUCUCUUUGCUGAGGAGGGGUGGGAUUCAAAACAAAACUGACCCCUGACCCCAAUCCCAUUUCCCAUCCCAAUCUCUGAAUCCCCUGUAAUUAUUUUCUGUGUUUUAGAUGAGAGGGACCCCAAGUCUUCUGCUGCCACUGUUUUUUUUAAGGCCAACUUACAGCAGGGGGCUAAACUAGAACUUUGGAGAAACAAGCCAAAAAAUAAAAGGGAGAGGAUCUGUUUUAAGGAAUUAGGUUAAAAAUAGAUCCAGGGCCGGGGAUUUAGCUCAGUGGUUUCGUCGCCUGCUGCGCAAGCGCAAGGACCCGAGUUCAAUCCCCGGUACAAAAAAAAAAAAAAAAAAUAGAUCCAAUCACUUAGCUAAGUUUUAGUAUUUCAUCUCACCUACAGGGCUGGGAGACUCAAGAUGCAGCCCCAGGGGGGAAGCCCAAGAAAUGAUUGCCAGCAGUCCCUUCAUCCCUGCUUUGGGCAAAUAAGAAUCUAGAGGCCCAAGGGACAGGCGUUGUGCUUGAGUCAGAUCUUUUGCUUCACCAUGGCCUUAUGAGGCAGGUGAGAGAUGUUCAAAUUUUUCUCUUCCUUUUAGAAUUUUUAAUUCUUCAGUUACCAGGGAUUUGUCCUUCCUCCUAUCAUCCUUUGAAAGCUACCCCUCACCCUAGGGGAGUGGAAGCUAAGGUUUAGACAUCAUUUGGAGAAUGCUGACACUCUUCAGGGCUGUAAUGCAGUGAGGGCAUUGGGGAAAACAUAUUUCCUUAAAAAAAGGAUGAACAAUUCUAUUUAUAUAUCAGGUUAUAGUCUUUUUUUCUGUCAGAGUGGCUGGAUUUAUUGUUGUGCACCUUGGGGUUUUGUAAUUAAAUGGUUUUUUUUUUUUAAGUUUUUUUGUCUCUUCCCACCUCUUGUACUUGAGUGCUAUUAACAUUAUUUGUAAUUUAGUUUGUAAUUCAUUAAAAAACAGUGUUCCUAAGUGU